AUGACUCUUAAAUCACCCAAAGCAAUUUGGGAUUAUCUGAAAGAGGAAUACGCUGGAGAUGAUAGAAUACGAAGCAUGCAAGUGCUAAAUUUAAGGAGGGAAUUUGAGCUUCAAAGGAUGAAAGAGUCAGAGACAAUCAAAGAAUACUCAAACAAAUUGUUAGGUAUUGCUAACAAGAUAAAGUUGUUAGGAAGUGAUUUUACUGAUUCGAGAAUUGUAGAGAAAAUUUUGGUAACGGUGCCGGAGAGGUAUGAAGCAUCUAUAACUUCAUUAGAGAACACAAAGGAUCUGUCGAAAAUCACAUUGGCAGAAGUACUACAUGCCCUGCAAGCUCAAGAGCAGCGAAGGUUGAUGAGGCAAGAUCGUGUUGUCGAAGGUGCUUUGCCCGCCAAACAUCAUGAAGUUGAUGAAAGCAAAAAGGAUUUUUUCAAGAAGAUUCAACCAGCAAGCAGCGAAAACAGUGCAAACAACCAAGGACAUGAAGCGGUGAUCUGCACCAACAAAAAUCACCAUGAUGACGGAGCUCGGAUUGCUAAUCAAGAAGAAGAGGAUCAACUGUUUGUGGCCACAUGCUUCUUGAGUAGUGAAUCAAGUGAAAGUUGGUUGAUUGAUAGUGGUUGUACGAACCACAUGACAUAUGAUAAGACUUUAUUCAAGGAUUUGAAGCCAACUAAUGUCUCAAAGGUCAGAAUUGGGAAUGGUGGCUAUAUUCCUGUAAAAGGAAAAUGA